UUCAAAUAUUGCUUGUACCUACGGCAGAUAAGACGACCUUGAUCUGACGGCGCAGGGAUGACUGCCUUGCCUGAACGUGUCGCAUCCAGCAUCUCAGCGCACUGCCCGUUCGACCAGUCGCCGGAUACAUGUCGGACGAGCAGUUCGGGAUGGGUAUUGAAGCCAAGAAUUUUCCUCUUCUUUCUCGACGAUGAAUUACAGGUAUACAUCUUGUCCCGUCAAAGCCAUUCAUUCCACGUCGAUAGUGUACGUGUAUACUACUGGCAGGCAAAGGCUAAGCGAUGAUUCCAACAAUGUGUGCUGCAGAGGUGGCGACCGUGCACCAUAGCGAUUCAUGGCCCCCCCCCGCCGCGACAUCGCCGGCCGAUGGUGGUGUGUGUGCUGUGUGUACGGAGUAUGCGUGUCUGAUGUCGCAUGUCGACCGACAUGCGAGGUUACAUUUGGAGCGUUUGUACCUAGGUACUUCGUGGAAGUGGGAGUGGGAUGUACCUUGAAACCAGCAAUCGCAAUGACGGCAGGGUUGAUUCUCGUCAAAGGGAGCGUGUGGGAAAUGGCGCAAGGGCUAGUUCUAGUGUACGUAGCAUGUAGUAGCUCACCGCUGUCGCCCCCUCAGAUUAGUUUUUCCCGGUUCGUAUCGUUUCUUGUUGUAGAAUAAAUACAUAGUAAAGCUCGCGAGUAGGUAUAGCUUCGGUCGCGUGAUUGAGUUUUCAGUUACAUACGAACAGCAGUCAAAAUGUAGUAUGGCAGUCACAGC